GAGAAACCCUGGGUGAAAGAAUUGAAAUGGGUACUAGAGGAUUUGGAGGAUGACCCAAGGAAAGAUGUCUGUCGACCAAGCAGCAGCACCAAUGUUAAGGAAAUUGUGAGGCCUCAAUUCAAUAUACGCCAUCAACCAUAAUAUGGGGAAAAUGAACUGUACAUUCAACACAAGGAUGGAAAGUAGCGAAUGAGAUCAAUUAAUGUCGGCAUUAUUGAUGAUUCUGGAGAAAGCAAUGUAUUAGGCACAUGUUAUUCUCCCAGAAUCCUUAUACUUUAUACCCUUUCUCUAACUAAAGACGUUUCUUCUUACAGUACAUAACAUUUAUUCUUACAGUACAUAACUGCUGAUAAUCAAGAGUCUCCUAAGGUUAAGAAGAGGACCAAACAAAAGUCAGAGAAGGUAUCCAGCUAUAUCUUUUACAUGCUGAUGAUGCCAUCCACAGUUAAUUAUUUUAUACAACACUUCCAUACACUCAAUAAAUUAACAAUGCCUUGUGCCAUUUUGUGAAUGAAAUAUAUGCGUCUCAGUUAAUGUAUUAGGCUUCAAUUUCUAAGAUCAAAACACAACUUUGAUAGAAUAAUCAAAAGAAAGUUCUAACAUAUAACUGGUAAACCCAAUGGCUUGUCUACAUUUUCUCUGCCCAUCAGUCCUUUCCCCACUCCUCCAGAAGCAGGGCAGUGAUGACCCCAGUUGUCCCUAUAGCUCUGGGGGAGCUGGAGUCCCCUGGGACCAGUGAUGAUGAGGAGGCCACAGCCUCGAAGGAGAGGGUCUCCAGUGCCAGGGAACGCCAUGAGCAAGCCAGAGCCAUGGCGGACACAUUCACUGAAAAGUUCCACUCUUUCUUAGAGGAUCUCGAAGAGAUGAAGGUAUGGGUCAGAGAAGGGACCAGUGGUCUCCAACCCUAGACCUUGAGACUGACAGAGUAUGCAGCAACCUUUGUUCCAACCCAGCACUAACUGAUUCUACUAAUCAUCAAGACCUUCAUUAGCUGAACCAGGUUGGUUAGUGCUAGGCUUUAACGAAACCCUGCACACCCUGUGGUUCUCCAGGACCAGGGUUGGUGACCAUUGAGAACUCUCCACUAGAGGGCUGUUGAUAGCUAGUUUGGCAGCGUAGAUAUUUGUGUGAAUACCCUGCGCCUCUGAGGAUAUAAUAUGUUUUAUAUCAGAAUCCUACAUGAGCUGCAGAACUGUGAUGUGCUACUUUCCCCCCUUGACUGCACCUAGAUUCCCAGGAAAAGCUCCACCCGACUACGGUCAUCAUGCUCCCAGUCUGCCAAUGAGGAUGGAUCCCCCCUGGCCUCUACCCAAUCAGAUAAGGCCCUGAGACGAGACUGGUUGCAACAUAUGAUUACAGCCGGAGAGGCCAGUGGUGACAUCAUCCGGACAUCUUCAUCAGCGUCAUUAUCAUUGCCAACCAUCUAUGAGGUUGUCAAGGGCAGCAGCGAGUCCAAACCUGAUGUAUCCGGAGAUGAUGUCAAAAAGAGCAAGAAGUCCAAAUGUAAAGUCAGGCAAUGCUUUCACAAUUUCACCAAGGCUCUGACUGGACUGUUGGUUAGUAAGCUUUGUUUUUUUGUUUUUUUGUACUGGUUUUUUUUCUGUGUCUGGUAUAAGACCUUGACUGUGUGUGUAAUUGGUAAUGUUAGAAGAAAUAACCACACAAGUUUUCCAUCGGUGCUAUGCUUCUGCUGGUCCACUGUGCAGUAUUCUCCAAAACACGUUACAAUACCGUGGUCUAUUGAUUGAGUCAUUGUAAGUUCCUUAUUUAUUUAUUUAUUUAUUUGAAAUAAUGAAUGACUUCAUGUCUCUUUUACUUUUCAUGAAACUCCCAAAGCUUUCAAAGGAUGACCAUACUGGAGAUGGACCAAUUGCACGAAGUGUGACACCAUCCAAUGACACACUCAACAUGGUCACACUCAACAUGGUCAUGGUUCCUCCACAUCCACUCAGUAACUGGCGUUUGUGA